AUGACCGUCGAAUCGGCGCCCUUGAAUGGCGCCCAUACCGAGGAUUGCGAGGAGAGGAGCCUCUCGGCGGCCCCAUCCGAGACGAAGACCCACGGAAAAAAAACCAAAGCCAAGAGAUCUAUAUGGCUAGACUCAUGGCUUUUCGAGGGCAUCUCAUUGUCAUUUAGCAUCGCCUGUCUGGUCGCGAUCUUUGGCGUUCUUGUGGCGUACGACAACAAAAAGCGACCGCAGCUGGCCUAUAAAAUUACGCUGAAUACGAUUAUCUCGGUGCUGGCAACGGGAUGCAAGUCAUCUUUGGUCCUGGUCAUAGGAGAAGCCAUAUGCCAGCUGAAAUGGCUGUGGUUCCAAGAUCCAAGCCAGAGACGGCUAUUUGGGAUGCAGUCGUUCGAUGCAGCGAGCAGAGGACCGCUAGGAUCGCUGAUGAUCGUCAUCAAUCAUCGUGCUCGUUCUUUUGUCUGUCUCGGUGCAGCCCUGAUUAUCCUUCUUUUGGCAUUUGAUCCGUUUAUACAGCAGGUCAUUAGCUAUCCUCUAGUAUCAGUGCCGGAUCAUGAUAAUCGGAGUGGAGCAGCGGCACCACAGGUAACGAAAUAUAUCCCAGCGCCGAAAAUUAUCGACUGGAAAAAUGCGAUCAUGCAAGGGCUCUGGUCCAGCGAGGACAUGAGCUUCGAACCCAAAUGCUCCUCCGGCAACUGUACCUGGGAUCCAUUCCCAUCGAUCGGUAUAUGUAGCCAGUGUGUCGAUCUGACCUCCAUUGCCAAGCUCAAUUGUUCCUUGCCUGUUCCGGAUAAGAGCUUUAAUGAAACGUGCCAUAUCGAACUGCCCCAUCCAUGGGUAGAGGAAGAUUCCUUAUCCGGAAAUAAGAUUAUUCCUGGAAGCUUUUCCAUAUCGAACGAACGGGGAUAUAUGUCGAUGCCGAACGUGGCCAUCUGGGGGCGCUUCUCAGUUCAGGAUCUCGACGAGAGCGAUGAGGCCUAUGAGAACUAUCCAGAUCUUCUCUCUAGUGAAGAUCCGGAUCACCCUAAUAGUACCUUUGCUGGUGUCAAAAAUCCGCUGGUGGCCUACGCGUACGCUGAAAUUGGAAUGAAGAAAGGCCAGCUCUCGGAGAACGCCCCGACCUCCGAUGAUGUGGUUCUAAAUAAAGUGACCGAGUGCGGCCUCUCGAGCCCAGACACUCUGAAACCCGGUGAGACGAUACCCUGCUGGCGACCAAAAGAUCCAUAUAAAACCGACGCCCAGCCCGCUUUGAACCUCACGUUCUGCGACUGGGAUAUGCAGAAGCUACAGAGCCAGAUGUCCGAUGUUCUGCCCGUUGUGAACCAGAUAGAAUGGCAGUGGGAUAGCAUGGAGGGAUGGCGUACAAGCGCAGACAUUACAGGUGUAGAGGGCGAGUCAGACUUUGAGCGCAACGGGAUUGAGCUCAAUGCCGAUCGCAUCGUGACAAUCGGGUUCGAAGAAUCCAUGAAGCGGAUUGCCGCUUCGCUGACGAGACUCGGCUUGAAGUCGACCAACGAGAGCGUUCAUGGGACCGUCAAGUCUGACGAAAUUUUCGUCAGCGUACAGUGGCCAUGGCUCGUUUUCCCGGCUUCAUUGGUCCUCCUGGGUACCAUUUUCUUGGUUUUCACCAUUGUGCUGAGUCGAAAGAACCAUGUCCCGUUGUGGAAAUCGUCGGCCCUGCCAUCCUUUUACCACGGACUGGAGAAGCUUGGGAACAAUGAGUAUUCGACUAGCAGUUUGAUGGAGAAGAGCGCAGAGUCUACAAAGGUUCGACUGCAGUACUCGAAGCAACAUGGGCGACUGAUGCUAUUGCGAGAAGACGUGGAAAAUGUUCCAUUAUCUCGACCUAGAACUAUGUAA